GGAGGAAAACGACGGUGUAAACAUGGACCCGGCGGUAAGCGCCAGCCGAGCUUUCGUGCGACCAUUCUGCUAGGUGUGUCAUCCACUAGAAGCGGUGACACAAACAAAAUUUUUUUUUAUAUACUACCGUGAAGAAUAAAUCUUCCGAAUUAGCCAUGUGUCCCACGUGCGGAAUCUGCAUCGAGUCUCUGCGCCGGCGGGCGCCGCCGGUGGCCACGUUGUGCGGUCACGUGUUCCACGGGCCCUGCCUGGCCCAGUGGUGCGAAGCAAAUGGAGCCACGCACGCCCCGUGCCCUCAGUGCCGGCUGCCCAUCAGCCAGGGGGACUUGCGCAGGCUUUUCCUGGACGACCAUCGGCCCCGCCGCAAGAAGCACCGCCGCCACGACGACAGCGCUAAGGAGGACGUAGAAGAUGCGACGUUCGCUGCGCCCGAAGACUUCUCGACAGAAGACGCCUCCGGCACCAGGUCUCCGUCGCCUUCGGCGAACGAGACUUGGGUGUUCCCUCCUGAGCCAGCAACGUUCCUUGACCGCAUCCUGAUGAUUGUGGCAGACGUCAACGCGAUUGGCCGCGAGGCUGCUCAGAAAAUUAAGCUUGGCGUGCAGACGCUGGAAGAAGAGGUUCGCAGGGGCGUCGAAGAAGCCGCCAUUCGCCUGGGCCCCUGUCGCUAAGCGCCGGAAGCUCACCCGUUCGUCGACCGCUGCGCCUCGUCUGCCACAAACUUGCUCCCGAAGUGCAUACGACUUGUAUUGCCGCUGCAACGUGACCCUAUGUUACUGCUGCCUAGGCCCUGUCACUACAGUUGACCCCGCGCACGCUCGGUCAAGCGCCAGCUGUCGCAAUUUAAGCAAAAUUUCCAGGUGCGUGCGUGGUCAAGCUUGAGAGAAGAAGAAAAAAAAAACUCCUUAAAAAGGAUGUUAGCGUGGGCGUGUACCCCUUCAUUGAUGGCUGUAUUAACACUGUGUGCGAAACUCACGCUACGUGCUAACUUGUUGAAAACGUCUUACUCACGCGUCUAUUUAGUUUUUAUGUUUUGCUACUUCCUUUGUAAAAAUAGACGUAAAUAUUUGUUGACAUUCGUUUGCAUCGAAACGUAUCGCCGAAUAUUAUGAAUGCAACGUUUCGGGCAAGGACAUUCUGUAGGUUGUGAUUCAUUCCAAACCCGAGUACACAAUGUAAAUGUACAAUUGUGACAAGACAUAGGGUUUUUACCUA